CUUGGCUCGAGACGCUUCGCCGCAAGCAGUUGGGCUGCCACACCGCAGGGUCGGGCAGCAGCCGGCCACAGGGAGGCCCCUCCCAAACAGGCGCCGCCUUCCCUGCGCGCGCGCCGCCUGGCCGGGCAGGGCGCCCACGGGCGGGGACGUCUCCUCGCUCCUGCAGCGCGCGGAGCCGCGCGCCAGCGAGCAGCAGCAGGUCGGGGAGUCCUGCGCGGUGCGGAGUGGCGAGUGCAGCGAGCUGGGCGCCUCCUGUUCCUGCAGCCGCAAUCGGCACGCGCACAGGCCACGGGGUCGAUCCACUCCUGCGCUGCGCCUCCAACGGCCCCGCGACCUUCGAGCGGAACGCGGAGAAGUAGCGCGGACAGGUACAUCUUCGGUGGGGGAGCUGGCGGGUGCUUGACGCGCGUCGGCGCGUCCACCGAGGUCCACGAUUGCCAGUGCCUCCCGUCGCAGGAGUGGAGUGCGGGGAGCAGCUACAUUGUGGGUGGCGGUCAGCAGCACCACCAGGGGCCUAUCGGCGAGAUGGAGUGCGCGCCCAACGGGAGGUACGACAAGUGCUCGCCGACCACGGCACACGAGUUCUGCGUGGUGGAGACUGGCGCACCCAGCUAGCGGGCCGCCUACUGCUUUCACAGUCACCGUGACGUCCGCAUCAACCAGAUGUUCUAUGGAGUGACGCACUGCGCCUCGAGCGGCCCCGCGACGUUCAAGCCGAAGGCGGACAGGUGCAUCGUCGGGGGGGAGGCCGGCGGGUGCCUGACGCGCGUCGACGGCAAGCAGGCCGGCGGCGGGGGGCAGCGGCACGCGGGAGCGGGGCGCGGAAGGCGACGAGAUCUCGGGCGGCGGGCGGGCCCGCGAUAGGGGGCGCCGGCCCAGCGGGAGGUACCAGG